CUUCUGUUAAUUAGUUCGUUAUGAACUGUAAUGCCUCCGCGUAAAGUGCAGAGUAGAAGAAACAGUACUGGAUUGCAUAAUCAUGUUAUCCUUUGUUGGAUUUUCUCCCAAUUAUCGUUUGUCGUCUUUUGCUCUAAAGCCCUCCUCACCCCCUGCCCAUUCCUUUGUUAACUUGCAUGUCUCAACUUCGUCUUCUUUCCCUUUCACUUGGGUUUCGAAAUCUAAGCGCAAGAAUACCCAGAGAGCAUCCGCUGAAGGAGUUCCUGAUGAGUUGAUUGAAGACUCGAAGUUUGUUCCUUUGAACGCUGAUGACCCCACUUAUGGUCCACCUGCUUUAUUGUUAUUGGGCUUUGAGGUGGACGAGGCUUUAAAGGUUCAACAGCUUCUGAAAGAGUUAGAUGGUGAAUUCCUGAAGGUUAUCUUUUGUUCUAAAGGCAUGGUCACUCGCUCUCUUUGGGAAGCAAUGCAUACGACACAAUCCAAUUUGGAAGAAGUUGAGGUUGAUAAAUCACUGCCUCGGAUAUGCUUCUUAUCUGGUUUAAGUGGGGAGGAGAUGAUGAUGUUCAUAGAUGCUUUCCCUGAAACUGGGCUUAAACCAGCCGUAUUUGCGGCUCUUGUUCCCAAUAGUGCCAAUAAACCAAUUCAGGAGUUAAUAGAAGAAAUAAUGGGUGACCAUGAGAUGUUGACCGGUGAAAAGAUGUGAAGAGAUUCCAAGGUACACUCUAUUCCCCCAGGAAGAUUUGCGGAAUCUAGCCUCUAAGAUUUUGAUUUUGUUGGGCAAGCUUCGUUUCCGCAGUAUCACGGAAAAAAUGCAUUGUAAAGUUAAAUAUAAUGUUUUCACCAUAAGUUGUGUUGUCAUGUAUGUUAGUACUUGUUAACACACCAUAGCCUCAACUACCUGGUGGGUUGGCUUUUUACCGAGGAUGUAAAUCCAUCCUUUUAGUAGACCUUAGGAAUGCACCGACUCGGCGGUAGACCUUUGCCAUUUGAAAAUUGCUUAAAAGUUACUCAUUUUUA